AUGAUUUGUACUUCAAUUCAGGAGCGUCUUGAGCUGAAGUUGAUGUCGCACGGGAGGAAGGUGGCGUUAAUUGGGAGGCCAGUGCCUGAGAUUGAAGGGCUGGUUGCUGCCACAGGAUUAAGUUCAUUGAUCGGGUGUUCAGUUGUAACCGGCGAUCCUCGACUUAUGUCUGCAUUUGUGGAGAGGUGGCACAAGAAGACCAGCACCUUCCACCUUCCAAUAGGAGAGUUGACAAUCACACUAGAUGAUGUGUCGUUACUCCUCCAUCUCCCUAUCACUGGUGCCUUCCACAUCUUUGAGGCUCUUUCCGUGGACGAAGCGGUAUUUUUGUUGAUGGAGUUGCUUGAGGUGUCCGAUGAGGAGGCUAGAGCCGAGACAUGCGUCACCGAUGAUGCAUACGAGGAGACGUCCCCUCGUGUCUCCCGGUGGCUGACGACGAAGGCUCAUAUGAAGGGAAUUCCAGGAGCGUCGUACCGGGCACAUUGUGAUGCUUUGAUGGUCACAGACGUGUGUUGGUUGUCUUACAGUGACCAUCUAGGGGUUAGGGGGUUUGAGCUGAUUUCAUCGUUCCAGGAUCAGCUGAGAUGGGGUCCUAUGAUGGUCACAGUUCGACCGGAGAGGGCAGGUGACCAGCCCAUACAUGCACCUGCCCCAGACCAUGAGGACUACAUGCAGGCGGACAUCCCAGAGGAUGAUUACGAAGGCUAUGAGGCGAUCGCAAAAAGUUUGGAGCGUGUGCUCAACCUUAGGAUGGUCACUGCAGGGACAGAUCGAGUUACAUGA